CCACGCACCUUGGUUGUCAAACGAAACCUUCGAGCGAACGAGCGAACGAAUUCCGUGAAAUUUUUGUGGAAAAUUGAGUAAUUUUCCGCGAUUUUACGUGAUUUAAAACUUCUCGUGAACAUCAGUAACCGACACCAAGGAUGGAGGAGUACGCUAGGGAACCUUGCCCGUAUAGGAUCGUAGACGAUUGUGGGGGCGCCUUUGCUAUGGGAUGCAUCGGCGGAGGUGUGUUCCAGGCGAUUAAAGGAUUCCGGAAUGCACCGUCAGGGUUUAACCGGCGUUUGCUCGGAAGCUUAGCUGCGAUCAAAAGCCGAUCGCCGAUUAUUGCCGGCAAUUUUGCGGUAUGGGGUGGAAUGUUCAGUACAAUUGACUGCACUCUUGUGCAUUUCCGGAAAAAGGAGGAUCCAUGGAACUCCAUCAUCAGCGGUGCUGCUACGGGUGGAAUUCUGGCGGCACGUAAUGGGGUACCGGCUAUGGUUGGCAGUGCAGUGAUUGGUGGUGUUUUGCUGGCCUUGAUCGAAGGUGUAGGAAUCAUGUUUACGCGCAUAUCCGCCGAGCAGUUCCGUAAUCCAGCACCUCCUACGGACGAUCCUUCGGCUUUGGGAGACCCAGGACAGCAGCAACAAACGUCUUCAGCCCCUUCGGCAUUUGCGUUUGGCCAACCUAGUCCAAAUAAUUACCAGUGAAGAUCAGUGACAAAGUAAUAUGGAUCGAACUAUUCAGCCGUGGUCGCCGUGAGGAAUUAAGAUUGACAGCGAUGUCCUUCGUGGCCGCAUGUACAUUUUAUGAUAAAUUUAGUUUGGUGGCUAAGUCUACAACAUAUGAAAUGGUCCUUAUACCUGUUGUGAAGAAAUGUUGUGUCGGACACAGGAAAGCAAUUGUUAUCAUGCGGCUAAUCGUGUCGACUAAUCGAUGUUCUGGCAGGACGUUUAGUGUAAGAGCCUAAACCGUAUAAUAUUUAACGCGUAAUUAACGGAGCCACGCUUUACAGGACAGAUAGCAAGUGGCGCCGCAAAUCAUCUCACAGAUCAUCAGUAACAGACGGUGCUCGUCGAUUGAGUUGCUUUCCUGUGAUUGUUUUUAUUUGAAAGUGUCGUCCGAAUGACUACUCUCUGUACUGAUGAAUUUCUGAGAUGGAUGUUAGAUACCCGGAUGCAUCCUCUUCUGUCUUGGGUCCAUUACAUGUCUUCUUUUUGAAGGUUUGUGUUUUUUUUUUGUAAAUAUAUCUCAACCAUAAGAUGCAAUGGGCACAAAACAAGACAGCCUGCAAUUUCUCAAACAACGGACACUAAGAAUUAUGCUUCAAUGUAAGGGUCUCGAGUAAAACGCCGUGCUAAGAGUUUCAUGCGGAAACGUGUUGGCCGGUAUGCAACGCUACAAUGAACACAUUGAGUUGAGAAAUAUAGCAAGGUAAAAGAGGAAACAAUAAAUCCGAUUUAUCGUACUAUCCUGUACUCUACAUUUA